AUGGCCGUGGAAGAUGCACCAAACCGCGGCCCGGAGCUUCUCGCGGUCAACAUCUUCUUCUGCGUGCUUGCGGGCGUCAUCGUCUUGUUGCGAUGCUACUCUCGAGCGGCCCUUGUCAAGGCUUUUGGCCUUGAUGACUGGCUCAUGAUUCUGGCUACCGUCUUCUUUAUUAUUUACUGCGUCAUGUCUAAUCUAGGCGUGAAGCAUGGCACCGGCCAGCACCAGGACAGCCUCGACAAGGAGGAUAUCAAGCUUGCGACGAUGUACUGGUGGUUCUGCUACAUCUUCUUCAGCUUGACAAUGAUCACCUCGAAGGUGUCUUUCGCCUGGUUCCUUCUCCGCAUCACGACAACCAGAGCACACUCGUGGAUCAUCUACGGCGCGUCGCUCUGCACCAUCGUCGCAGGAGGAGUGUUCUUCUUUGUGACGCUGUUUCAGUGCAAUCCCGUAUCUUCGUACUGGGAUAAGGACCAAGGCGGGCACUGCCUUAGCAUGGACAUCAUCAUGGCCCUCGCAUAUCUCUACAGCGUCUUCAGCGUCAUCACGGACUUUACCUUUGCAAUACUGCCGGGCUUCAUCAUUUGGCACCUGAAGCUGAAGACCAGAGCCCGAGUCGCCCUCAUAGGACUGGUAGUAAUGGGCUGCGCCGCAAGCUCAGCUGUCGUGGUGCGCUGCGGGUAUCUCAUCAGGUUCAAAGACCCGGACUUCUUAUGGGCAACGACUGAUAUCGCGAUUUGGUCAACCGUCGAAAUGGGCCUGGCCAUCAGCGCCGCGAGCCUGGCGACCCUACGGCCCCUCUUCAAAAUGGCCGCGUGGAAGCUGGGCUUCUCCUCCCGGCAGACAACUUCCGCCCGCACGCCUUACGGCGCGAGCGUUCCUCACGGCCUGGGUCCGAACAGCACACACGGUGUCGGCACAUUCGACAACCAUGUCUACGUCCUCUCCGAGUUUACACAAGGCACAACCAAGGUGGAGAAGUACGGGGACUGGAAAGUUGGGACACAUACCACGGCGUACGCCGAUCAUCAGAAGGAGAACAUGUCGGAGCAUGAUGUCCACAUGACCACUGGCAGCAUUGAUAGCCAGGAGAACUUGAACAAGCAGCAGUCUAGGGGCAUGGAGGAGACCAGAGGGGGCCAGCGAGACUUUAGCGGUAGGAUGAACCGCUACUAA